UUUUGUAUGACCCACCCAUCGUGAACGUAUGGUUUGGUUGCACACCGUAUACAAUUUCAGUUUGUUUUAUUCAACGUUUUGAGUGCCCGAAGGUAAAAAUUCCACAUUUUUAGUAGGGCUCAUCGUACUAUACUUGUGAUUUCAAGCGCCAACUCGGACGUGCGUUUGCGUGCCUCUUUCCCUCGCCUUGGUAUUUCAGCAGAGCGGAAUCUACAGUCGAUUUUUGGUUUCUCCUGCUGUUUCUUCUCCACCUGGAAAUCAACAUUUCAACCUUUUUGAAGGUGUUCUUCCAUAAUGUCAAGACCAGUAAGGAACAGAAAAGUGGUGAACUACUCACAAUUCAACGAGUCUGAUGAUGCAGAUGAGGAAUAUGGUGACUCUAAGCCCAAGAAGGUGCGCACUGCACCCCGUGAGCUGAAGCACAAGCGCUCAAAGAAUUCACAGGAUGAAAGUGAAGACUCGGAGGACAAACUCUCAAAAUCCAAAAAUGAUUCUGCUGAUGACUUUGGUAGUGAUGAUGAAGACAACAAAUUUGGCGAGGAAGAAGAUGAAGAUGGAGGAAGUGACUACGAAGAAAAAAAGGACAAAAGAGGAAAGAAACCCAAGAUGGAGAAGCCCAGCAGAAGGACACUGAAAAGAAAACGGGCCACAGAUUGCAGUGAUGAUGACAAGGAUGUCAGCCGAAAGCGAACAAUACGUCAGGCGGCUUCCAAAGCAGUCUCAAAACAAAGGGAGAUCCUUCUGGGUGAUGGAGGAAGUGAGGAUGAAGAGCAUGAAGAUCAGGAGGAAACCUACCUUGACCCUGAUGAAUCAGGCAGUGAUGAGGACUUCAUGGUGGAAGAUGACGAUGACAGUGACUAUGGUCACUCCAAAAAGAGAAGCAAGAAGGUUAUACGACGAGGCCGAAUGGACAAGGAGAAAAAAUCUCCCAAACCCAGAUUAAAGGCUACAGUAAACCCAAGCCCUAUGAAAGGUAAGGGGAAAGGCAUCAGCACCAAGGCUCUGGAAAAGAGUUCACCCAAAGAGGAGGAGGAUGAUGAUCCUGAGAGUCCCUUUGAGGAGGAAGAGGGGGAAGCUGAGAAGAAAGAUACCUCCCCUGCUCCCAAGAUCACAAAGAAGGGUACUGGAGAGGAGGAUGAGGAGGAGGAUGAAGAGGAGGAGGGUGGCUCAGAGGAGGAAGCUCCCUCUGGGGAAGACUAGAUCGUACCCCAUAAAGUGUCCAUGUUUAUUUUUAUUUGUUUUAUUAUUAUUAUUUUUGUUCUCUUGGUGGCCUGGCUACAUGGUUUGGACUAGAUGUGCUUGUCUUUUCUCUGCUGACCUUGAGCAUGGAUCACAGUUUACCCAUAUGAUCAUCUGAUAUCACGCUCGGUUUCACCCGUUCUUUUGAGCUCGUCACCCCUGACUUCUCCAUCUUCGACUAAGAGGACAUUUUAUAAGGCUUAUGAAACAAGUCUACUGAGGAUAUUUGUUUCCGGUUCAUUAAGAGAAUCCGUCCUGUGUAAACAAAUUAUUUCAUUCAUGUUCAUGUUCUUCCCUCAAAUUUAUCAGUAGCGCAAUUCUUCUUUCCCAGUAUGUGUAAGGCACCAAAUUUACACUGUGAGAAGUCAGCAUGUGCAGUGAGGUGAUUUACAGACAUUUUACUUUUAAACUAAAAUGUUUUAAUGUUCGUUCAUUUUACCAUUGCUACAUUAAGAAAUAACAAAUAUUUUGCUGGGUUAAAACUGUGUUUUGUUGAUUUUUGAUUUUGCUGCUUUGUGGGCCGAGCAGUAAACCACGAGAAUAAAAACAAAUUGAAGGUU